UAUGUGUGUUAAUAGAAAAGUAUGCCAAUGCCAUUUCUUAUAACUAUAUAGAAGAUUGACCCUUAUGAACCCUUCUUACCUUGCUAAAAAAAGGAUACUAAUGUUCAUGAAUGUACAAGUUAAAGUACACUUAACUACGUCAAGCUAUAUAUACAAGGGAACAAAGAAAAAUUUGAUUUUACGAGAGAUACCUGAAGAUAGGAUUGAAAGUUUGCUGAUUCACAAGGAUGCUUUGGCAGCCUGUGACAUAGCAGUAUUUGUUUAUGACAGUUUAGACAAGCGUUCAUGGUUAAGAGCAACAGAAUUGCUUGUUCAAGUUGCAAGUCAUGGGGAGUCUACGGGAUAUAAGGUUCCUUGCCUCAUUGUUGCUGCUAAGGAUGACCUUGAACCAUACCUGUCUGCCAUGCAAGAUUCAACAUGGGUGAGCGAAGAUAUGGGGGUUGAGGCUCCUAUACAUAUUAGCACAAAAUUGGGAGACUUGAAUGAUGUAUUUAGGAGAAUUGUGAGAGUAGCAGAACACCCUCAUUUGAGCAUUCCCAAAACAGAAGCAGGCAAAACUCAAAAACAGUAUCACAGGCUUUUUAAACAUUUACCUAAUGGUUGCUUCAGUUGUAGCUGCAUACCGUGUUUAUGCUACAAGGAAGAACGCUUGGUCUUUAAAGAGCCGACGAUGACAUGUUUUGACGCAGUUACUACAUUUAGAUCCGUGCUGUGGUUUUGUACAUUCCUUACAUAUAUGGGCUUCUUAAGAAUCUCUUUUCUUUUUGGUUGAUCAUUAUUCCUCAAGUAAUUGAAGUCCUAAAAAAGAGAUAUAUUUAUAUGCGAAAGGGUAUUCGUACCACAUGAUUUGAUAAAUCUAACUAUUAUUGUGCAUUAGUUGUACAAUAUGCUAUAAAAUAUGUACAUUAUGGUAGAUAUAUCAAAUUGUGUGGUACUAUUAUUACUUCCUUAUCUGUAUAUUCUAGAGUUAAUUGCAAUUUUGGU